UCGGCCAUAUUGAAAAACUUCAAGUUUCGUGAGAGAGCAAGAGGCUUUCUGGCGUGAAAUAUCUCGCUCAGGAUGUUUUCCACCAAAUGUUUAUCGCCAGGCUUUUCAAGAUUUCUAUCUGCUACCACUACCCAUGUUGCACAAGCGCUAAAAGGUACUCCUGCUGCUGUUAUUCCAACGUUUGAGACGGUACAGAGUCCGCCGGCAGCUCUAACAAGUCAAUCGCUUGUAAAAACUAUCCCAACUGGAAACAUGGUCGCCACAACGACUCACAUUGGUAGGACACAAGUACGUUUCAGCCACACGGAUGUGUCAAUGCCUGACUUCAGUGCAUACAGAAGAGAUGUCUCUCAGGAUCCAAAUCAGCCAAACACAUCAGAAAUCAGUCGGCGAGCCUUCACAUAUCUCAUGGUGGCUGGAAUGGGUGUGGCAGGCCUACAUGCUGGCAAGAAUGUUGUGCUGGAGUUUAUUUCCACCAUGAGUGCAUCAGCAGAUGUUUUGGCUAUGGCAAAGAUUGAAGUAGAUCUUUCAACAAUCCCUGAAGGAAAGAACAUGGUUUUCAAAUGGCGUGGAAAGCCUCUGUUUGUGCGUCGGCGCACAGCUGAAGAAAUCGAAGAAGUCCGUAAUGUUGAUCUUGCUAGUCUGCGAGAUCCUCAAGAUGAUACUGAGCGUGUAGUGAAGGAUGAGUGGCUAGUUGUAAUUGGAGUCUGUACACAUCUUGGUUGUGUUCCAAUUGCUAACUCUGGUGAAUAUGGUGGCUAUUACUGCCCCUGCCAUGGAUCACAUUAUGAUGCUUCUGGAAGAAUCAGAAAGGGACCAGCUCCACUCAAUCUUGAGAUUCCUGAGUACAACUUCCCAAAUGAGAACACAAUGGUGGUGGGAUAGACAACUCAUCUCUUGAAUCUCAAUUUACAUGUACCAGCCAUUUUUUUUAAAGAGAAACCAAUUAUUGUACAGUGGAUGUGAUCAAUUUGGUGGAACAUAGUAAUACUAAUGAGACAAUUAUGGCUUCGAAAAUUUUGGACUUGUGUCUCUCUGUCAUGGAGUAACACUACUUUAAGUGUGUGAUAGACACGUUUGUCUAAUCAGCGAGCUUACUGGAUUUGUCGCUAUGAUGAAGUGUAUUAUUUUGAAUAAACAAUCUUAAGCUAUGA